CCCAGAACGGCGCAGGCGCAGUGGGUGGCGGCGGCCGUUGGGAUUCAAAGCAGGGAAGGAGAAACCGGUCGGACCGGGAGACGAUGGCGGCGGCGGCUUUCCAGCGCUCGUUCGAUCCCGAGGACCACGAGCUGGACAAGGGAUUCCGGCUGACGGCUCUCUCCGAUCUGAAAGGAUGAGGCUGCAAGGUCCCGCAGGAGGUGCUGCUCAAACUCCUGCAGGGACUCGAGCCGGAGCCGCAGCCCGACACCGGGGCUGGCGGCGACGACGACAACAGCCAGUUCCUGGGCACCGUCAUGCCGCGGAUCGGGAUCGGGAUGGAUUCCUGCGUGAUCCCACUGCGGCAUGGCGGUCUCUCCCUUGUACAGACCACAGACUUCUUCUACCCGCUGGUCGAUGACCCCUACAUGAUGGGCCGUAUCGCCUGCGCCAAUGUCCUGAGCGAUCUCUACGCCAUGGGCAUCACGGAGUGCGACAACAUGCUGAUGCUGCUGAGUGUGAGCCAGAAAAUGACAGAGAAGGAGCGGGACAAGGUGGUGCCCCUGAUGAUCCGGGGCUUCAAGGACGCGGCGGAGGAGGGCGGCACCUCGGUGACCGGCGGGCAGACGGUGGUGAAUCCGUGGAUCAUCAUUGGCGGGGUGGCCACCGUGGUGUGCCAACCCAACGAGUUCAUCAUGCCCGACAACGCGGUUCCGGGUGACGUGCUGGUGCUGACGAAGCCUCUGGGGACGCAGGUCGCCGUGAACAGCCACCAGUGGUUGGAGAACCCCGAGAAAUGGAACAAGAUCAAGCUGGUGGUCUCCCAGGAGGACGUGGAGCUGGCCUAUCAGGAAGCCAUGUUCAACAUGGCCCGGCUUAACAGAACAGCCGCUGGACUGAUGCACACGUUCAACGCGCAUGCGGCCACGGACAUCACUGGCUUCGGCAUCCUGGGCCACGCGCAAAACCUGGCCAAGCAGCAACGCAAUGAGGUCUCCUUUGUCAUCCACAACCUCCCCAUCAUCGCCAAGAUGGCGGCCAUCAGCAAGGCUUGCGGCAACAUGUUCGGCCUCCUCCACGGCACGUCAGCGGAGACUUCUGGCGGCCUGCUGAUCUGCCUGCCCCGGGAACAGGCGGCUCGCUUCUGCGCCGAGAUCAAGUCGCCCAAGUACGGCGAGGGCCACCAGGCCUGGAUCAUCGGCAUCGUGGAGAAGGGCAACCGGGCAGCGCGCAUCAUCGACAAGCCCAGGAUCAUCGAAGUGGCACCCCGUGGCGCUGCCUCGCCCCAGGACAACAAUGCCAGCGCCAGCCCUGAGACCCCCUCGUAAGGGGGGGCGGUGGGAGGGAGUGGGCGGUGACCUGCAGGGUGAGGCCCUGUCCCUCAUGGUUGCACCUCCCUCUGCCCUUCCCUUUGACACUCAGAUCCCUCCUACUGCCUGAAAUUUUUAUUUUAAAACCAUUGGCCUUUCCUCCUCAAAGCAACUGAAUGCCAGAGCAAGGGUUUCCCCUUUGUGAGCCUUCCUUUUACCCUGUUGUUUCUAUUUCCCUUUGUUUUCUGUAUUGUAAGACCCCACACACUUUCCCCUCCCCCAGGGGCUCAAAGGGGGGGCCAGCCAGCUGAGAGAGAGUGGAGUGUAGCAGAGAUCCACACAGCCACCAUAGCGUGCAUCUCCUGUGUUCACAAUUACCCCCCCGAGGAUCUUCCUUCAGUUAUGUGCGGAGAGGGCGUGUCAGGGACGGAGAGCCCAAAUUACCUCAAGCCUCAGACUCGGCUCCUCCUCGCCGGGCCGUGAGCGAGUUUGGGGGACAGAGAGGGGUUGAAUGUGUUUUCACGAGUGUGGGAAGCUGGGCUUUGUGUUCACUUAAAAGAGCAAGUCGCUCUGCAGCCCCUUCCUUCUGGGGUCUAGGUUUGGACAUUGGGCUCCCCUCCUUCCUUGUGUUAGUAGUGCUGGGGAUUAUCUGAGCCCACCCCCUCCCUGUCCUUCAGACAGCCAUACCUCUCUUCCCUGCCUCCUCCCGCAGACACCUGAGGUGACUCUCCAGCAAAGGGGGAGAAGUUGUCUCUCCCUCCCCACUACCCUCGGUAUAACUGGGGACAGGGUCCAGCUCUGGGAUCCUGGGUUUUAAAGCAAAAGAGACUGACGCCCUCUUUUUCUUUUCUCGGCCUCGUUUACCCCACACCCCACCCAACCCCACCCAACCCCACCCCACCCCGCCUUCCCCAAGCCAAGUAACUACAUCGGUGAUCCCCUUCAAUAGGCUGACAGUGAUUUAACCGUAGAGUGCAGAGUUAAUUAUGUGUAGGUGUGAAUUUGAAAUCAGGGUUUUCUGAUAAUUGUACAGGGUUCUGUUGUUCAAAAGAAAAAUACCCCACCAAUCAGUUUGCUGCAGUGUGCGUUUUCCCUUCCCUCCAAACCCCCCACAUCGUCGCCUUCUGCAGCAUAGGCGCUCCCUGCUUCCUUUCCACACCCACCCCCCCCACACCCCACCCGCCACCCCUCGUUCCUUGCCCUUGAUUGAGCAGCAGGGGCAGGGGGUGAGGGAAGGGCGGGAGGGAGAUGGGCGGGAGAGGGAUCGCCUGCCGUUGACCCGCAGCUCCGUUGGACGCCAGCCAAGCCCCUCUGCGAAUGAAGCCGACCCCCGCAAAGCCCGCCUGGUGACAGGGGGCUGGGAGGAUGGCCGACACGGCGAGCCGAGAGGGGUGGGGUACGUCCAGGCCUGCGCAUCAACGGCCAUGGGUACUUGCCCUACUACUGUCAAUCAAAGUAACGGACCAAUAAAUGAA